AUGCGACCGCACGUAGUACUCCUGGUCGUUGACGCCCAUGUCGCUCGCACGGGCCACCGUGAUGUCGGCAAGAAGCCAUCUGCCGUUGCGGACCCCGGUAGGGUCCACGUCCAGCACGAUGAACUCGACCAGCUGCGACGAGUCGGCCAGCGUGGCAAACGGAGACCGCCAGAACACAGAAGAAGACAAAUCGCCCGUCUUCAAGGUGAGAGGGUCGAUAAAUUGCACCGUGUUACUCACUUUGGAGCACACAACCAGUUGGGCCAGGUCACCCAUGGACUUGGCGAGUUUCUUUGGCAGCACAACAAGGUCGUCUUUACAAAUCGGCACGAUCUCCACGGAAAACGUGAACUUGUACUGCGACGUGCCCGAAUGAAUGUCCUGACUGAUCAACUCCUCGGACUUUUUCGACUUGAUAGGAACCACGCUGUUGAGGAAAUCGAUCAUCUUGGCUGCGUGGUUUCUCUGCGAAUAAUAGAAAUCAAGACCGUCCUUGGACUCUUUGAUAGAAAUGGUAUCCAUGUGUGCGUUGUGUUUAAGAAUGAGCUGUUCCAGGUACAAGAAUGUUCUCUUAUGCUGGACUUUCUGCCUGAUCUGAACGGCAGCACGCCAUGUAUUGACCGUGUACGACUUGGCACAGUCGGGACAUUGCAUAGCAACAACCACGUACUCCACCUCGAAACUCUGCUGGAUGAUGGUGUUGGUGAGAGCCUCGCCCUGGACCGUCAAUUUGACCCGAAUUCUACGGGAAUGCGGUUCGGUCCAGAUAAAAGACGCAUCUAUAAGCCUGACUUUGUUGAGACCUUUCAGUCGGCGCAAACACAGAGCCAAUAG